CUGGACGGAGAUUUGAACAUGGAUGUUGUAGCCUAUCCAACAAACGCACAUACAUUAAUACUCCUAUUCAGCGCAGGGGGCAAGCGGCGCGGCUGACGCAUUUUGCGCAUUUCCUGAAGCUCGUUCCCAUUCACACAGGAAAACGUGUGAGCGCGCACUGGGAGAGGAGAGGAGAGGAGAGAAAAAGAAAAGCACAGCGAGGAAAACCAUAGCGCAAUUGCAGGAGACUGAUAGCCUGUUACUGGUUAGCUGAGUUAGCAGUGGGAGUGGAUAACAUACCACCGGAUAAGCAGACGAACAUUCCGGGAAAUAGGAAAGCCUGUGCUAGAGCCGCUUACAGCACGGGACAAGGUAGAGGGAUCGCGGAUGUCUAGGUUACCUCCCCCGUCCUGAGCCCGGGACAACAGCUGCUCAACUGGGGACAAUACAAGAUUGGUCAGGACCGGAGUCUUUCUGUUUCAUUCCUCAUCGGGCUCUUUCUCUCUUACCUCUUCAAAAGCUUUCUCUCUGCUCACCAAAAAUACCUCUUCCGUAGAGUCAUUAUUUCCGCUAAUGAUAACUGUCGCUGUAUAGUCACCCGACGGAGUGUAAACAAACACAGGGCACUGCGGGUCCUCUAUGCCGAACUGAUAUUACGCGAGCAGACUCGGUACUGGACUAGGUGUCUGACCUGUUUAGACAUUUGGAGCAAAGAAGAAGGGUGUUAUUAUAUUUAUUUUAUACCAAGUUAACGUUUUAACAGGUUUUUACAUUCGGUGUGAGGGUACAUGUGUUGACAUUUGUGACAGCGUCAGCAGGACUGCGUUGUGUUGAAUGGAUUCUGGCGUGUUGGGUCACUCAACUUUAAUGGUUAGUUAGGCUGUCUUUUUUUCUAUCUGCACACACACUUUCACCACAACGACCAUGCCUGUUUUCAGCGGGGUAUUAAAGGUGCGUGUGUGUGAGGCUGUAGAUUUAAAGCCCACCCCAUGGGCACUCCGCCAUGCUGGAGGAAAGAACUCUUCCUCAUUCCUCCUGGACCCCUACCUCACCCUCAACCUCGACCACACCCACCUGGGUCAGACCUGCACCAAGAAUAGGACCAAUUCACCAGCGUGGAACCAGGACUUUACAGCCCAGAUGACCGAAGGACGGAAACUGGAGAUGUCUGUUUUCCAUGAUGCACCGAUCGGAUAUGAUGAUUUUGUGGCUCACUGCACCAUACAGCUGGAGGACAUUCUGCAGAAUGGCAGCACCCACUACCAGGCCUGGGUUGAUUUAGAACCAGAGGGGAAGGUCUAUGUGAUCAUUCAUCUGUUAGGAUCUUCUACUGAAGCCUCAGGAGCCACUGAGAAUGUGGAGCGUGUGUUCCGAGAGCGGAUUGGUCCUCGGCGGCGGCAGGGGGCUGUGCGGAGGCGUGUCCACCAGGUUAACGGACACAAGUUUAUGGCCACAUAUCUACGGCAACCGACCUACUGUUCACACUGCCGAGACUUCAUCUGGGGAGUGCUUGGAAAACAAGGGUAUCAAUGUCAGGUGUGCACGUGUGUGGUCCACAAACGCUGCCAUGAGCACAUCAUCACUAAGUGUGCCGGAAUGAAGAAGCAAGAGGAUACACCAGAGGAGGUUGGCACCCAGAGGUUCAGUGUCAACAUGCCUCAUAAGUUUAGCAACCACAACUACAAGGCUCCCACCUUCUGUGACCACUGUGGCUCUCUCCUCUGGGGACUGAUGCGGCAGGGCCUGCAAUGCAAGGUGUGUAAGAUGAAUGUCCACAAGAGGUGUCAGGCCAACGUAGCGCCCAACUGCGGUGUGGACGCCAAAGGCAUUGCCAAAGUCCUGGCUGAAAUGGGAGUCACCCCUGACAAGAUCUGCACUAUGGCACAACGCAGGAAAAAGUUACCACCAGGGGUGGACACUGAGACGUCUUCAGACCUCUCCAAUGAGAACGCCCCCACCUCCCCCUCGCAUCAAGAGCUCGCUGAGUUGGAGCGAUUACAACAGGGGAUGUCUUCAGAGACGCACGGUUCCUCCUCUUCUUCGGCUUCCUCCUUCACCUCCUCUACCUCGCGGGAGAACGGAGUAGCAAAGAGAAGUCUGAACGACUUUCGGUUCAUUAAGGUUCUGGGUAAAGGAAGCUUUGGAAAGGUGAUGCUGGCAGAGCUGAAGGGCAGUGAGGAGGUGUUUGCAGUGAAGGUGUUGAAGAAGGAUGUAAUCCAACAAGAUGAUGAUGUGGACUGCACCCUGACAGAAAAACGCAUCCUUGCCCUGGCACGCUCACAUCCUUACCUCUGCCAGCUCUUCUGCUGCUUUCAGACCCGGGACCGUCUGUUCUUUGUGAUGGAGUAUGUAAAUGGAGGAGAUCUGAUGUUCCAGAUCCAGCGCUCCAGGAAAUUUGACGAGGCGCGCUCACGCUUUUACGCCGCUGAAGUCACCUCUGCCCUAAUGUUCCUGCACUGUAACGGGGUCAUCUACAGGGACCUGAAGUUAGAUAACAUAUUGUUGGAUGCAGAAGGCCAUUGUAAGCUGGCAGACUUUGGUAUGUGUAAGGAGGGCAUUAUCAAUGGAGUUACCACCACCACAUUCUGUGGCACGCCUGACUACAUCGCUCCUGAGAUCCUCCAGGAGCUAGAGUACGGCCCCUCCGUGGACUGGUGGGCUCUGGGUGUGUUGAUGUAUGAGAUGUUGGCUGGCCAGCCGCCGUUUGAAGCCGACAACGAAGACGACCUGUUUGAAUCCAUCCUUAACGAUGAUGUCCUCUAUCCCGUCUGGCUCAGCAAUGAAGCUGUAUCCAUCCUAAGAGCUUUUAUGACUAAGGCCCCAGCCCAGAGGUUAGGAUGCGUUUUGUCUCAAGGCUGUGAGGAGGCCAUAAAGAAACACUUGUUCUUCCAAGAUAUUGACUGGACUUUGCUGGAGCAGAGAAGACUCAAACCUCCAUUCAAACCACGCAUUAAGACAAAGUGGGAUGUGAAUAACUUUGACCAGGACUUCACCAGCGAAGAUCCAGUGUUAACCCCCACAGACGAGGCUGUUAUCAGACAGAUCAAUCAGGAAGACUUUGAAGGAUUCUCCUUCUGUGCAGAGACCGACCCAAGAACUUAGACCUGUAGCAGUUAGAUGUGUUUCUAAAGCCUGUGACUGGUUACAAAGUAGUGUGUUCAUAAAGUCUGGACACGGAGUACUGCUACAGGGUUCUGUUAUGACAACUGUCCAGUGUCCUCUAUGGGGAGAUGAACAGUACCUUGGCUCAAACACAUUUGUCAAAUACCUGUGUUAUGCUUUUGUCAAUACCUUGGAACCAGUAGAAUUGACCCUAAAAGUUCCCACUGGACUUAUGUGUCUGACCCAGAUUUUACAGAUUUUAUUGGUUUGUUUGUUUCUUGGCCAGAUAUGGAUUUUGUUUCUUAAGUGUAUGUGCAUAUGAUUUUUUUUCUUGACUGAGUAAGUUUAAUUGGUAAAUAUUUGCUUUUCACUGUAUAAUUUGCAAAUGCAUCUGUAUGCUUUUGGCUUAUUCAAACUACCUUUACCCAUUUAGACCAGAGGUCUUUUUGUGGACUAUGUAAGUCUCCCUCACACACUUUCUGUCCUGUGUGUGUGCCUGUCUCUCUGUGUAUGGUUUGUGUUUUCUGGCAGUCUUGGCGUGUGGAGGUUUGAGAUUGACAUAACUCCACCUGUCACUUUUGUUCCCAAAGUAACCAACAUCCUAAAUCCCACAUCUGAUCCAGGGAUUUUUUUUCUUCUGGUUUUCUAAAGGUUUUGUUUCCUUUUCAUGUUCUGUUUUUGUAAUAUCAAAACAGUUAGCUAGUAGAGGGAGUGCCAUUUUUCCUGCUUAAUGUACACGCAUCCUUUCCUUCUCCCUCACUUACUAUCUGGCUCUGGCUCUCUCACACGCUUCGUGAAUAGUGUUCAGUGUUGAGACUGAGUCUGUUCGUAUGGUACCCGGGCCUGUGAGGUGAGGAGGUGAUGGUAGGGUUGUUCCUAUUCACACCGUUUCAUCCGUUGCCCAAUGUCAUGUUUCACCAGGAGGGUUAUCUUGUCAAUCUGUCUUACAAUAAACCCUCAGAAACCA